AUAUUUCACAUUAUCAUAUUCAGCUACCCAGCAGAUCAUCUGCCUUUUACAGCUUUUCAUCACUGGAAGCUCCGCCACAGCAUUCAGGCCUCCUGCAAAACGGUAUGUUAGAUGGAGCUUGGACUUCAUUCCCCCAUUCUCUGCCCCUGACUGACUAUUACAUUAUUUAGAGGUGGGGAUGUGCACUGUACUGUAUGUCCUGAUGUACAUUUCCAUUCAUGCAGGCAGCAAAGUAGCAGCUACUGCCUGCAUGCUAGGUCCAUUACGUUAUUUCACAGCGACAGUAUCUAACAGCAGAGCCAGUCGAAUGCAGAGACAGGAGAGAGAGGGAGGACAAGGGAAUCACAGAUUGCUGCAAAUCCACACUUCAGCAGCAGCCUUGUUUUUGCUACAGCAAAGGUGUCCUGCCACAGGACCUUUUUUUAUCUGUCAUGCUGAGGAAGGGCUCGGGGCUGCUGAAGGGAGACAGAGAGGUCCUUCUGGAUCUGGACUGUACUGGUGAAGCACAAACAACAGACAGCUAUGGGAGUCUGCAGAAUGGGGGCUUCAUCCCACCAAGAUAUCUUUUGGCCGCAGCUGCUGCUGAUGAUCCCAUUUAUAUGCACUGUAACACAAGAAAUAACCAGCCACUUCCACAGCUGGGGAAUUACUUCAAAGAUGGAAGAACUAAAAUUGAUUUUGUGCUGGUAUGGGAGGUUCGCUCGCGGAGGAAACGACGAGGGAAUAGUGAGGUGACCGGUAAGGAGAGUGAAGCUGUCCCCACUCAGGAGAACAGCAGGUCUGAAAGGAGAAAGGCACAACUAGCACAGUGGAGGGAGAAGUUUGUUCAGAAUCUCAAGAGUGCUGGAUUGCUCAUGGAAGAGGAGGAAAUGACAAAUGAAAAGAAAACGAUUCAUUUUCUGAAACUUAGCGCUCCCUGGGAUGUGUUGGUGUAUUAUGCUGAAGAACUCUGUCUGAGAGCUCCAUUGCAGGCACAGCCAAAUCUGGACUUAAACACAUCAGCUCGGGUACUAAGUAGACUAUGCAUCCCUAACGUAAUGACUGAGUCAGUGCCAAACAGGCCACUGGACUAUUACACAUGUGCCUUUCGCAAGUCAAAGAUGAACAGAUUUCUUGGCUGUGAUGACCAUGAAACCUACUUCACUAACACACAGAGACACCGUGUGGUGUAUGAGAUUCUUGCCAGCACGGUGUAUGGCAAAAGGAAGAGGGCUGAAAUUGGCGUGGACAGACUGAUAAAUGAAGGGGCGUACACUGCAGCUUUCCCUCUUCAUGAGGGCCCUUUUCAGCUUCCAAAUUUUGAGAUCCGUCCUGAUGAGCUAAAUCAGAGACAGGUUCUUUACCAUUAUUGGGCCCGCUGGUGCAAAUGGUACAAGUACCAGCCACUGGACCAUAUCAGGGAGUACUUUGGAGAGAAGAUAGCAUUCUACUUUGCUUGGCUGGGUUUCUACACAGCCUGGCUACUGCCUGCUGCAGUGGUUGGAAUGCUGGUCUUUGUGUCUGGAGUCAUGUCCAUGGGUACCAACACACCAGCUAAAGAAGUCUGUACCAAGGGAGCCAGUUAUCUGAUGUGUCCUCUCUGUAAUACAUGUAAAGCCUGGAACAUGUCUGAUAUCUGCACUAUGGCCAAGUUGGGCUACUUAUUUGACCACCCAGGUACGGUCCUCUUCAGUGUGUUUAUGUCCUUCUGGGCUGUAACCUUUCUGGAGUACUGGAAAAGAAAGAUGGCCACCCUGGCCCAUCACUGGGGCUGCAUGGACUUCCAUGAAGAAGAGGAGCGUCCUCGGCCAGAGUUUGCAGCCAUGGCCCCAGCUGUGGAGCAGAAUCCAGUAACUGGGGUCAAAGAGCCCUAUUUUCCAGAAAAGACCAGGCUGUCUCGUAUGUUCACUGGCUCCAUGGUCAUCAUCAUGAUGCUGUGUGUGGUGAUGAUCUUCCUGGUGACGGUGGUCAUGUGCCGCGGCAUCAUCAGCGUGAUAAUGUUCCAAACUGGGAAGCCCGUCCUACGUACAGAGGCAGGGACCAUAGCCACCAUCUCCAGCAGUAUUGUGAAUCUGGGCCUCAUCCUGUUGAUGGGCCAGGUCUACACUGCAUUAGCUGAGCAGCUCACUAAAUGGGAGAUGCACAGAACACAAACCCAGUAUGAUAACGCCUUCAUCUUCAAAGUGUUCAUCUUCCAGUUUGUCAACUUCUACUCGUCUCCCUUCUAUGUGGCUUUCUUUAAAGGAAGGUUUGUGGGUUACCCUUCCAGUUAUGGGACCUUGUUUGGGAUGAGGAAUGAAGAUUGUGGACCUGGAGGUUGUCUCAUUGAGCUGGCUGAACAACUCUUCAUCAUCAUGGUGGGAAAACAACUCAUCAACAACAUUCAGGAGUUUGUUAUUCCUAAAGUGAAGGCCUGGCGCCAAAAGAGAACUUUGACUAAGGUGCUGGGAGGUAAGGCAUCUCAUGAGCCUCGGCGUUGGGAGGAGGACUACCAGCUGGUGGAGUGUGAGGGCCUAUUCGAAGAGUACUUGGAGAUGGUGCUUCAGUUUGGGUUCAUCACCAUCUUCGUGGCGGCGUUCCCCCUCGCUCCACUAUUUGCUCUCCUCAACAACUGGGUGGAGAUCCGUCUGGACGCCCACAAGUUUGUAUGCGAGUACCGCCGACCGGUGGCGGAACGCGCCCAGAACAUCGGUGUCUGGUUCAUCAUACUGGAAGCCCUGUCACAUCUGUCUGUCAUCGCCAAUGCUUUCCUUAUAGCCUUCACAUCAGAUUUUUUACCUCGUCUGCUCUACCAGUACAAGUUUGAUAAUGAUCUCAACGGUUACAUCAAUUUCACCUUGGCUUAUGCACCACUUAACUACACUGAGUACCCCAUGUGCAGAUAUAAAGCGUACAGAGACAACAAUGGAAACUACACACUGUUUUACUGGGAGCUCCUUGCUGUCAGACUUGGUUUUAUCAUUGCUUUUGAGCAUGUCGUGUUCUUUGUACUGCGUGCCAUCGACUGGAUUGUACCCGAUGUCCCCGAGUUCCUGGAGCUGAAGAUCAAGAGGGAGCGCUACCUGGCCAAGCAGGCUCUGGCUGAAAACCAGGAGGCCCUGCUGCAAGUGACGCGUCCUUUGGAAGCAUGAGUUAGGACUUGGAAUAUUGGAGAAAUAAAAGACACUGCUAUGCAUCUGGAAUAACAAGAGUGAACGUUUAUCCUGAGUGGGCUAAUGUCUUUGCACUGGAACUCUUUUUUUUUGUUUCAUUUAUUACUGCUGCACACAUAUCAUAAUACACAGAUGUGUAUCAUGUGUAUGAACUCACUUCACCCACCUUUUCAUUUGGAGAAUACACCACCUUUUUCAGACUGAUCACCAACAAAUAUAAUAAUAUACUGAUGCUAGGCCUGAACAGGUUACAUCUCCACAUCUGUCCUCAAUCUACGUAUAAGGACAUGACACUUUUUUUAUCCACACUGGGUACUGACCUACAGCAACUGGGACAUAGCCUGAGUGGACUUUAAGGAAAUUGAACAAAAAUAUCUUUAAAAUCUGAGUAGUAUAGUUGCACAACUGUCCAGUUUACAUGAGACUUACCAGAGUAUGAUGCUGUAGCAAGGGUAUUUAAUUAUUUAUUUUUUGUCUUAGUAGGAAUGCACAUAAACAUGAUUCAAUUUGAGUAAAAUAUACCUGUUAGAUGAUAAAGUCAGUGGCCCUUUGGACAAAGUGCAACACACUUGAAUAACAGACACAAUAUUUAACAUAGGGGCACCUCAUCCAUAUUAGUAAUUUGCUUUGUUUCCAUUGGCAAGCUAAAGUAGCAGCAUGCGUUGUUAAUGCUGUCAUACUGUUGUAAAGUUGUUGGGUCUGUUCAAAUUUUUACUCAGCAGUGUUUCACCUUCAGCAAUGUGAGUCAGAACCAACCUGAGGGGGAUCCAAGAUGCUGAUUGGGUCCUCUGGAGUUCAGGUCUGUUCAGUGACCUUUACUAUGCAUCACAGUGAAUGUCCUAGUAGUAAAUCAAUGUUGAUUGUAUGUUUUUAAUGUCAUUUAAAGGUGAACUACACAAUGGGUGACAUUACAGCAGAGGCUGUGGUAUCUUGAAUUUCGGUAUGGGUCAAAAUCCAAAAACACUUCCUAUAAUGCAACUUGAGAGCAUGGUUAUGAAGAGUCUUUAUAGAGGAGUUAUUAGAGAAGAUUUAUUUAUUUUAUUUUUUCCAAAGGCAAGCAACUGUUUUAGAGAUGAUCUGGUUCUUCUAGUCAAAGCUACAAGCCUGUGUAGAUCACUGACUUACAAGGUGCAUUUUGGUUGGAAAAAAACCUCUUUAGAGUUAUGAUAAAUACAAUGUUAAUAGUAAAUAAGAAAUUCAUUGUCAUUUCUAAGUAAAGCUCGCAACUACAGCGCCAUGUUUUGUUCAAUACUUUCCCUAGUCACAGCAGGGAAAAUCCUUCUGUAACCAAUGACUCCUCUAACUUUCUUAUUAGCAAUUUGAUUAGAUUCUCUCUGUCAAAACUUUGUAGUUAGUGAAGGUGCUGAUAGUUAUUUUCUCAGAUUUGACAGAUCUACACUAGAGCAACAGAUGAUAUUAGACAACAGGCUGAGAAGUUCCCACUAUGACUGGAAAAUCUAAUCUUGUGUAAAAUUGUUGGCAUGCCCCUUUAAAUUGAACUUGCAUUGUCUCCUACUUGUUGGUGAGCACUGACUCGAGGUUAACGUAUGGUUAGCUGAUACUGUACUUGGGAUGAAAAGAAUUCUGCAGAAACAUAUACAUGCAUAUAAUACUGUACAUGUUUUACUAUCUAUGAGUCCUGAGCAUGUCUAUCUUUUGUACUAGAAGCCUCUGCACAGUAUUCAUAUGGAGUAUUUCUGUUGCUAAUGCACAAUAUUGUAAAAACUUUAGUAUUGAACAUAGUUUGUGUGUGAGCUGUUUUGCAUUCUAGA